CGAUUGGGGCUCUUGCUAUACCAAGCGUAGUUCUGAAAACCGAAAAAAGACUUCGCUGCAGUACAACGGUCGCCGAUGCCGAUGCCGAUGCCGAUGCCGACGCCGACGCCGAGUCCCGCCGACGCCGAGUUCCAACCGACGCCGGUAUUGUAACGAUAAUACUGUAUUUGAAUACUUCUUUGUUUGACAUUUAUUGUUUACGUGAUUUGUCGAAUGUAUCCCGUUUUUCACCGGGUUUUAAGACUUUUCCCGAAUUAAUCCGACUCAUUUUUUUCGUAUUCGCGUAGACGCGUAGUACGCGUCUUUUAAAAACCGUACGCGGAUUCUGUUCGUGCUAUUGUAACGAUUACUUACGAGAUUGGCUGAUUAUCAUUACAUUUUUAUAAGCAAAUUGAAACUGAUCUUUUUUAACAUUUGAAUGAAGAAUAUAUAUAUAUAUUUAUAUAUGAAAAAAUGAAGAUUUUUAUAUGAAAAAUAUCAAAAAAGAACAUUUUUUUCAAUUUUUACCACUAAAGGUAUUCACACAAUUUUUUGCUUAACAGACAUUUUAUCAAUAGAUAAUUUAUCUAUUUUUUAAGUAUGGUUUACAAAGCCAAAAACGGAAUCAAAAAAAACAAAAACAAAAUUCAACAUGAAAUACCUCAGAAUCGUAUUAAAAAAAUACGUGGAAAAUAUAACAAACAAAACAAAAAAUCUAAGUGUCAAACACCUGUAAAUAGUAAUUCUUGCGUUUCUCAGAAGUCUAUGACACCUGACAAUGCUGGAACAAGUACAGAUACCUCCAAUAACGAAGAUAAGUUUUUAAACGUGUUAAAUGAUAAUCGCACAAUUUCUAUUACCACCAACGAUGAUAUCAAUUCUAUGGAUAUUGCAAAUAAUGAUACUUUAACCUCAGCCUACAUUGAUUUGAAUGGAAAUUCAGGUAAUAAUAAUUAUACAGUUUGUUGCGAAGAUUGUAUGCAUCAAGAAGAUGACAUAGUCAGAAAAAUAAUGGAAUGUGUACCAAAGGAAUUUUAUGUAAGUGCUACAAAUAAUGGAUCGCCUUAUGAAAACUACCUUUCAAAAGAUUCAUGGAAACCCGAUGAAAAUCAUAUGAAAGCAUUAGAUGAAUCAUGUGAAAUUGAACAGCCAUUUUUUUGCGAAUUUUGUAAUAAAAUUUGUGAAGAAUAUGAUCAUUACCAAUUAAACCGAUGGUGUGCAAAAGAUCAAGAUUUAAAAUGUUAUGUUUGUAAAGAAGAAUAUUUUGUCAAAAAACGACUACAACUUCACGAAAGUGAACAUGUGAGAUUACUUAUUUGUUAACUAUCUGUACAUUAAAAAAAUUAAAAUGUAUUGUAUAUAAUAAAGUCAGUCUACUAACCAUUGCUGCUGUGGACUUGUUUGCUGUUAGUAGAAAAAAACAAAUUGUGCAAAUAAAAUAAUUUUACGUCCAAAGAAGCAAUGGAUAGAUUGAAUAAUAAAGCAGGACUUAGAGAAACUAGGGAUACCGGAUUGGGAAGAAAAAGUACAAAAUCGAGAGGAGUAGAAAAAAAUGACGGUGGCGGCAGAGGCUCUUGAAGAGUUGUGAUGCCUGUGAAGAAGAAGAAGAAAAUAAAAUAAUUUUGGUGUAAAUAAAAUACAUUUUUUUUUUUUUUUAUUGCUUAUAAGAUAUAUACAAUUAGGAUUUAGAUAAGAAUUAGAUUUUGUUCAUUUAGGAACAAUAAGAAUAUAAGAUAAUAGUAAGUUAUUUGUGUGAACAAUUCGAUGAGAGGAGUCACCCUGUGGUAACAUUACUCGUUUCCUAUUUUUAUUUAUUU